AUGGCAAAUAAUGAUGAAUAUGAAUCUUUUCUUCAAACACAUGAAUUUCAACUUUUAGUUAAUAAUAUUCCAAAACAUUUCUAUCGACGUUUAUAUGAAAAAAUGAAGAAUGAAAUAUUUGAUAGUGGGUCAUAUUUUCAAUUAUGUCCAGUUGAUGAUGAUGACGAUGAUUUAGAAAGAAUUUAUAAUCCUGAACGUCGAUAUUAUGUAUCAACAUUAGAAGAUGUUGUAUUAGAUCCAAAUAAUGAUGAAAAUGCUAUAUUUCUUAUUGAUCAUGCUUGGACAUAUAGAAUAAAAGAUGCACGAAGUAAUCUUAUGAACAUACCAAAUUUAUAUGAACGUAUGGCAUCAUUAAUGAAUGUUGAUGCAGAAACAAAAGAAGAUAGUAUUGAAGUUAUUUUACAACGUAUGUGGAAAUAUAAUCAAACAUAUACAUUAACAUCAACACAAAUUGAUCCACAACAAGAUUGUGAAGAAGCAUAUGAACCGUAUUGGUACAUAAUGGACGAAUUGGGUUCAUCAAUACGGCAUUCUACUAAACAUGCGAAUGUUUGUUGUACAUCAUUCUUCUUUGCACCUAGUCAAACAAUGUUUACAAUUCUCUAUCCAAUUGUUCGUAUUGAUCAACGAUAUGCGGAAAUUUUUCGUAAUUUUAUCUACGAUAAUAAAGAUACAUUGGAUCAUCGUGUUCGAUUAUUACCAUGGCAACAUUUAAAUGAUCGUAAAACAUUUCUUCGCAGUUUAGUGAUAGAAAAUAAUCUGGAAAUAUUUAAUAAACGACUUGAAAAUAAUCUUGAAAUCUAUGAAAAAUGUCAUCAAAAUGAUUUAUAUGAUAAAAAUCCUAUUAUGAAUAAAUCAAUAAAAAUUGAUAAUGAUCAUAUUUGGAAAGUUUAUACAGAUCAUGAUUUAGUUAAGCAAUAUUUAACUGAUAAACAUUAUCAAUUAAUUGACAAUCCUGAUCAAGCAAAUAUUUUAUUUGUUAUGAAACAACUUAAAGAUUUUCGUCAUGAAACAUUAGGUAAUAAAUUAAUUAAUCAAUUUCCACUUGAAAAUAUCGUUACGAACAAAGAAUUAUUAGCACUUACUGCAAGACGAUGGAAAUCAUUAUAUGGAUCAUCAUCAUCAUUAUCAUCUGGUAAUGAUGCAUAUAUUGAUUCACACGGAAGUCCUGCAUGGCUAGCAACAACAUUUAAUCUCACUUAUGAAUUAUCACAAUUUGCUAUUUAUUUUCAAUAUCGUGAAGAUCAACAACUUGAUAAUACAUGGAUUAUAAAACCAAUAAAUUUAACACGUUCAAUUGAUAUGUCAGUAACAAAUACAUUUGAUAUGAUCAUUCGUUUACCUGAAUCAGGUCCAAAAAUAGCAUGCAAAUAUAUUUCUUCACCUGUUCUAUUAAGAAUACCUGAGAUGGAAAAUCAACAUGUUAAAUUUGAUGUUCGUUAUGUUCUACUUUUACGUAGUAUACGGCCAUUAAAAUUAUAUGUUCAUAAAAUUUUUUGGCUUCGUUUUGCAAAUAAGCCAUUUUCAAUGGAUGAAUUAGAUGAUUAUGAAAAACAUUUUACUGUUAUGAAUUAUCGACCAAAUGCAUUUUUACGACAAAUGAAUUGUCAAACAUUUAUAUCAAUGUAUGAUGAACAAUAUGGUCAAAAUAAUGAAACAUGGUCAAUUGUUGAAAAACGUAUAUUUCAAAUGUUUAGAGAAGCAUUUCAAUGUGCAACGAUAGAAGAACCACCAUUUGGUAUUGCAUCAUGUUUAUCAUCACGAGCCUUAUAUGCAGCUGAUUUAAUGCUUGAAAUGCUUGAUAAUAAAGUACAACCAAAAUUAUUAGAAAUUAAUUUUACACCUGAUUGUCAUCGUGCUUGUACUUUCUAUCCAAAUUUUUAUAAUCAAGUUUUUAAUGUUCUCUUUCGUGAUAUAGUUGAAGAGCAAGAUGUUAUAGAUAUUUCAGUAUAA